CCCAUACUUGCUCACUGAUCGGCGCACUGAAUAAGGAGUGGCUUUUAAACUAUGGGUUUCCGAUAUCAUUUCUUGCUCCUUCAAUUCCCCGCCGUCCCUUCCGUGUAUCGUAAUCUCUUUUGUUUUUUAAGCAGAAAACUAUAUUCAUAGUACUUGGUUACAUCGCAACAUACUCAUUUUAUUUGGCACAAGAAAUACAUAGUUGUACAAAAGCAUAGCAAAAGCUACAACGACCACAAUGACGGUUGUAAAGCUGGGGCAGCGUUUGCUGCCUCUUUGGUUUGUGCUCUUCGGCAGCCUCGCGUCGGGAGAAAAGUCGUUUUUCGGGUCUUGGACCAAAGCGAUCCCUGGAAAGAAUGCAGUCCAGAAGGCGACAGAAAAGUCGCUAGCUAUGGAGCUUGGCCUUUCUAGAAAAUAGAUGUUGCUAGUUCUUGUUGAAACUAAGUAGUGGUUCUAGGAAGUAAAUGUUCUUGUUGUAUAAGGGAAAGCAUCUGUUAGUUUGGUGAUCAAAUGAUUGGAAAUACUACCGCUUAAUUUGAAUAAAGUUAAAAGUGCACGUAGAAGUUAUCGUCGCCAUAUCUUUAAGCCAAAGGAGCUAUUUUCGGUGCUGACAUCGAAAUCGAGCGACACUGCGAAACAGAUGAUUCCAGAGUUUCGCUUGGUGAAUUUGAUGGAGGGCGUUGAGCAAAAUCCGAAAGAAGGCAAGACCCCGAUCGUUUUCAUGCACGGAAUGGGCGACUCAGGGAGCAACCCAGGCAUGCAAAACUUGUGCAAGGUACUUGUAGUUAGAAGAAGAGCAAUUUCUUUAUCCAGAAUUGCUAAUCAUGACGGUGUUGUUACGGCGGCAUCGCAAGUAAGGAAAAAGCAUGUGAUAUCUCACACUGACUAGCAUAGAUAUCUAGUUGUAGUGUAAAAAACGACACUUAUUUCUUGGAUUUUUGUACCUACGCAUCUCCUCCAACAACUUGAACUUCUUGAUUUUCACCCUCUUUCAACCUCAACAACAUAGACGACGGCAGCCACAUAUCAGACGUACGUCGUCUGUCUUGAUGUCGCGGAUGGCAUGUCAUCAAUUUUUACGAAAAUGGAGACGCAGUUGGAAGAGCUUGCGCGUGUCGUGAAAUCUGAUCCAAAAUUGCGCGAUGGCUUCAAUAUGAUGGGCAAUUCGCAAGGCGGUCUGAUGUCACGCGCUUAUAUCGAAAGAUACAAUUAUGAAGGGAGGAUGGUUUUCAGAUCGAUGCUUUGUGGUUCUGAUUGAGAAUCUUUCAUAGAAGAGCUGUUAGAGUCGUAUCUUUUCUCCAUCUUCAAAAAAUGCACUUCUAAUGCGACGAUCCACCGGUGAAAGUCUUUGUGUCCAAUAGCGGUCCCCAGAAUGGGAUUCAAACAUGUCCCACAGGUCUCUCGUGGGCCUGUCCACUCCUAUUGCGCUUCUUGAACCCGUAUACGACGCCUCUGGUUUUUUCCGAUUACUGGCGCGAUUCCUCAGAUCGCGAUAAAUUUUUGUGCGAGAGCAGAUUUCUUUUAUGCUGCGAAAGAAGGAAGAAGAGCGUAUAUAUGCGUUUGACGAUGACUUGUUGAGGUGUAAGUAUACAAAAAUGAUCUGCAACAGCGUUUACCUCAGCCGACAGUGUUGUAAAGAUAGUACUUAGAAUCGAAUUGGUCUAAUGCGAGCGGACGUCGGAAACGAGCGGACCGAGAAGAACACGACCUACGCCGAUAAUAUGAAGAAAUUGAAAAGGUACAUGCUGCUGGAAGCCAAUGAAGACAGCAUGGUUAUCCCGCACGCUUCGGAGAGCCAUGGAUUCUACACUACGAAAUGGUCGAGGAAGACUUAUCUGUAUAGAAGACGUAGAAGAAGAAGAUGCAACAGACCGACGUAGAAGUAGAAGAUGCAACAGACCGACGUAGAAGUAGAAGAUACAACAGACCGACGUAGAAGUAGAAGAUACAACAGACCAACUACUCCUUUCCUCUAAACUUGGUAGUAGGGAUGGUCGAAGAAACUGACUUAUUGUAUGAUGAGGGCGAUUGAUGAAUAUGCUGUCGUUAGUGUACGGAAUGGCGCAGCGAGUUUGUUGGUCUAACCGAAGUGGAAGUUGUAUGACGAGUCGAUGGUUUCAUCGAUAGUCUUACUAUUGCCUCGUAUGGCGCAGUCGCUGCGUAGCCUUGUCCGUAUGUACUGUCACCGAAAGCUAGAAGAAGUAGAAGUAGAACUAGAAGAUGCAAGAGACCGACGUAGAAGAAUCAUUGGUGCUUAUUUAUACGUACAGGUAGAUGAACAUGAAGGCCUCCCCUUCUUGUGUUCCCCCUUGUUGUCCCAUCGAACCAAACCCCACAAUAGUCCUACCUUCAUAUUCUAGUGGGGGAGCACAACUGAACUCGAGGAUUUCCACGAUUCGGAGAGCUACAAAGGAGACUGGCUUGGCCUACGCACUCUCGACGAAGCGGGGAAACUGGAAGUCAUAAGGUUCGAGGGUGAUCAUAUGCGCAUUCCACACGACGUGAUGCACGAGAAGGUACUGCCCUUACUCGGUGGGAAAAUACCAGUUGGAGACGUCAAUGUGGCUGAUGGAAGUGCUAGUACAAUCGGAGCCGAUGUGGAGGUCUUUGCAUGAGAUGAAUGAAGACCUACCCCUUGUGUGAAUCUUUAGAGACACUAAAGCUAGACUUUUGCCGCCAUGAGACACGACUCCUUGAAAGUGUGUCACGUUUUCGUGGACGCCGAAACAAUUUUGUAGACCCGUAUACACGUGGGACACGAGUUUUUGAAGUUGGAGGUUCCGUCCAUGUCAGGACGAUUCCGCCUAUGACGUAUUAGCGUGCUAGUAGCGGUCAUUAUCUAUAUCUUAAUUGACAUGCAUCAAGCAUUGAUAUAUCGAGGAGGUUUUGACUUGCGAGGACGCACAUAUAUGACAAGGACUUUGAAGACAACAGAAUGUUGGUAUCGUUGCAUGUUGACCUUCGAGGGGAAAGACAGGGUAAAAGUACCGACAUGCAGUCUGGACGCAAAGCUCGUAUCCGUUUUCAUCUUCCAACUAUUCUCUGCGAUGUAGGUAAAAAUGAUAAUCAUCCCGCCACGAUGAGAAGGAUUUGUGACGUAGACAGUUGUAAACGCAAAGUAGAAGAGUCGCCUUUAAUCGAGAGCAAUGCCGU